AUGGGCCAUGCAAAGGGAAAAAAGUGGAAGCAUAACCUGAUUCUCAAGGCGUGGGAGCGUUGCCCAUUUUCAAGGUCACACUUAAAACUAAAGUCAUUGUUAGAGAAUGAUGGUGGUGGUGGUGGUGCUGCUGCUGCUGCUGAUUUUGAUGAUGAUGAUGAUGAUGAGAAGGGUGCAGUAGCGCCUCAUGGUUGUUUUCCAGUGCACGUUGGAGCAGAGAGAGAAAGGUUCGUGGUGAAGAUCAAGUACGUUAACCACCCACUGUUUCAGAUGCUGCUAGAAGAGGCUGAAGAGGAACACGGAUUUGACUGUGAUGGCCCCAUUUGGCUUCCUUGCAACGUCGAUUUGUUCUACAAAGUGCUGGCUGAGAUGGAUCGUGAAGAGAAGCAUAGCAGCAUCACUGUCCACAGUACUCGAAGAAGCUCCAUCGCCAUUGCUAAGGUUUUUUCUUUCUUCGUUCUUUGCAGACCAUCUCGUCUUCUUUGUUACAUGAACAAGGAUCAUAGUGCAUACAGUGUUAUGGAUUCGGAAUUGCUGAGGUUAAAUCGAUUUCAGUAG